GUAAGCAAAUUACAGCUGAAGUCACUGUGAAGUCCGUGUGUUGGCUCGUGCGCCCGAGGAGCAUGUCCUGUCGUCAAGCUGUUUGAGUUUCAGUCCAUUUUUGGCGCUCGCCUGCAAUGGAUCACGAAUCGCGAAAGCCAAGCCAAACGGAGCGCGAGCCUUGCACGUAAUGCGAUAAAAGGACGAGAGCGAAAAGAGCCAAACACAAAACGCGUAACAUUUAGCAACGAUAUGUGCAGGAUAUCCCAUCUGUGCAGUGUCUAAAAAAAGAAUUAUAUCGAAAAUAUCGCAAGCCAUAAUGAUGCCACCGUCUCGGUCCUUGUCCCUGGCGAUGAUGUCAUCCGCGCGCGUGUGCUCCAAAGUGAAAGUGUUGCAGGUCCGACAAUUGCGGCUCCUGUCGACCCAUGAGUAAUUAUUUUGCGACUCUUGGCCCAUUGUCCGCCAAAAGUGAGCCGUAAUUAGUUAAUUAACGAUUGUUCCAAACAAAAACAAGCUGCGAAGUUUAAGUUAUCCGCAGGAUUACGUCGUAUCACAGCAAUCAUAUAAAAGGAUCACAGCCGAAUAAAAUAGAAACUGUUUACAUGUGUAUAAUGGAUAUUUUCAUAUUAUUUUGCUGCCUGCUUCAGUUGGCAAGAAAUGCAGCUGCAGUCCUUGGAGUCGGGGACCUAGAGAACUCCGCCACCGCCGUGGGUGACACUCUGCCCCGGCAGCCGUCGGCGCCCCUCACGCUGACGCCCUCGACGCCGUCGAUAACCCAUUUUGUAAAUGACUCCUUCAUCAUCUUCUGCAAAACAGUACAAAAGGACAUCGACACCAAGUGGCGUGAUCCCAGGGGCCAGACCCGUGAAAACACCAAGGGACGGGUCCAUAUCGAAAAGAAGACGGGCUUACUCGCCCUGGUCUUCGAGCACAUUUCAUUGGACGACAAGGGUAACUGGACUUGCGAAAUGGAUUCAUCGGCAGCACGGGAAGCAAGAAAGUCCUUUGAGCUUCUCGUAAAUCAAAAGAUUUCAUUUGACAAGACGGAGCAGGUGCAAUCGGUGCGCGAGGGACGCGAUGCCAUGGUCAACUGUUUUGUGAACGGCCAGCCCGUGCCGGAGGUCUCCUGGCUGCACAACGGCGAAUAUAUUAACACCGUGAACUCAACGAAGCACAAACGCCUCUCCGACGGACUGUUCAUCAGGAACGUGAGCCAAUCCGAUGCCGGCGAGUACACGUGUCGCGCCAUGCGAAUCACGCCCACAUUUUCGGACUCUGAUCAAAUAACGAUACUCUUGAGGAUUCAACACAAGCCUCAAUGGUUCUACAAUGAAACGCUGCCGGUGCAGUACGCUUACGUUGGCGGCUCUGUCAACCUGAGCUGCGAUGCAAUGGGCGAGCCGCCGCCAUCGUUUACGUGGCUGCACAAUGGCAAAGGUAUUGUGGGCUUCAAUCAUCGCAUCUUCAUGGCCGACUACGGCGCCACGUUGCAGCUGUAUAUACGCAAUGCCAGCCAGUUCGGGGACUACAAAUGCAAGGUGGCCAAUCCGCUGGGCAUGCUGGAGCGGAUCAUCAAGCUGCGGCCCGGCGCCAAGCCAAUCGGACCGACGCGAUUCCAGCUUAAGCGCCUCUUUCCCGACGGCUUCGAGCUGGACCUGCGUACGCCCCGCAUGACCAACGUCUCGGACGAGAUGCAAAUCUAUGGCUAUCGCGUUGCCUACAUGAGCGAAAGCGAUUUCAAAUUCAGCGCCGGCAAUUGGAGUCAUGCCAAGCAGCGGGAUUUCUCCUUCCAUCGAGGUCAUCGUUUCAUUAUUCCCCAUCUGGAGGGGAAUACGACCUAUUUGGUGCGCGCCGCCUCGCGCAACUUGGCCGGACUCAGCGAUUGGAGCAACGUGAAGAUUUUUGCCACAGCAGCGGCUCCCAACUGGAAUCCGCAAGGAUGGGGCUGCCACGUGCUGGUCUCGGUCUUGGGGCUGGCUUUAUUUUGGCGUUAGAUGUCGUAUCUGAAUCAAGUCUACUGUAGUCUAAGUUAAUGUUGUUAUUGUUGCUAAAUUUUGGUACCUUGUGUUUAUGUGUAUCUUCUGUGAUAGACUUUUUGUGCAAUCCACUUAUCCGCAUGGAGAAUGCUUUAUAAUUACUAUGUUCAAUCAUUGCCAAUUUCGCUGCCAACAUUCUGCUCUUUUAUCAAUGUAGUUUAGUUGCAUUUGUUUUGGGAGACAUCGUUUAAGGGCAAUCCAACGGUAUACAUAUAUAAAUACAUAGUACAUAUGCAUUGUCAACUCUUCAAUAUACUCGUUCAAUGUCAAAGCCUCACUCUACAUCAAUGUUGUUUAUGCGAAACAAACCAUUUAUAUAGGAUAAGCUAAGAUCUUCCCAACAAAAGAAAACCAACUCACUUUGAUGAAUUUUACAAAAGUCCAAAAAAAAACAAAAAGCAAAAAUGAUACGAAAUAAAAAUUUAAAAAAAUAAAUGUAUGUUGUUGAAAGAAAAGAAAAACGAAAUAAAUGGCAUAGCAAAUCGAUAAUAAAUGUGAAUUCUUAUAGGCCUAAUUAAAUGGAAAAUACAAGUAAAAAAUAAAAUAAAAUAAACUAAACUAAAAUGCAAAUAAACCACAUAGAUGUUAAGAGGAUAUGGAUAAUAUGGAA